AUGCGCUCCCUGCCCGUUCGCACUAUCCCCGUUCGAUCCCACACCUGUGCCACGUCCCGCGCUCGCUCUCCCACCCCUUCCUCUCGCACCUCUCCCUCUAGCCGCGUUCCCUCUCUCCCUUGUCCCUCUUCCCGCAUUCCCUCUCGCACCAGUCCCUCUUCCCGCGUUCCCUCUCGCACCAGUCCCUCUUCCCCUUCCCGCGUUUCCUCUUGCACCCGCUCCACGGCCCGCGUUCUCUGCAUUCGCCUGUGGUUGCCCACCUACACCAGUCGCGUCCGCUACAGUCGGAUGCGCGGGGGUGCGGAUGUGGACGUCAGGGUUUCCGGGCAACACGCGUUCGAUGAUGGGCCGUCUGUUCGUGCCCGUGUGUCAAAACCGACAACCAAUGCUUCGCUUGGGUCUGGCGGGGCUUGCACCGUUGGCUGGCUUUCCGGAUGGAUCGCGCUGGGGAGUGGUGUUGACGGCGCGGCAGGAGGCAUCGCGACAGAUGCGGGUGCGUGCACCAUGGGGUCUGGUUGA